AUGACAGAGAAGACGUUUCCUAAGGACGUAAAGAACCUCUGGGAAGAGUUGAACAUUCGUGUCCUCAUCAUCUUCAGCCUCUCCCUCCAAGCCAUCCUCGUCAUCUUCUCACCCAGCAGAAAACGCACAUCCGGCAAACUCUUCGUCUUCCUCAUAUGGUUCGCUUACCUUCUCGCCGACUGGUCAGCAAACUACACCAUCGGCCAAAUCUCCGACACUCAAGACGACAAAAACAGUUCACCAUCCUCUUCUUCGUCGUUGAACCACGAGCUUUUAGCCUUCUGGUCUCCUUUUCUUCUCUUACAACUCGGUGGUCCCGACACGAUCACGGCCCUUGCCUUAGAAGACAACGAGCUUUGGCGUAGACACUUGUUCGGUCUCAUCUGCCAAGCAGUUUCUACUCUCUACGUCCUCUUUCUCUCGAUCCCUAGCGGGGUUGCUGUUCCGACAGGGCUUAUGAUUGUCGCGGGAGUGGUUAAGUUUGUCGAGAGGAUAAGAGCGCUUUACUUGGCGAGUUCCGGGAAGUUCAAAGGCUCUGUUCUUCGUAAGCACGAGAAGCUAAUGAGGAAGGAGCAGAGAUUCAAUGUCCCGACUAGGCCAAGUAGAGAGCUGAGAGAUCUAGAGGUUGUGCUUUACGCUUACAAGCUGUUCAACAUCUCUAAAGCUCUUGUCCCUGAUCUUAGAUUAGCUUCUAGAGGAUGGGAGGAGAGUAAGAGGUUUGUUGAUUCUUUAAACCCUGAGGAGGCUUUAAGGGUUUUAGAGGUUGAGCUGAGUUUCAUGUACGAUGAUUUCUUCACUAAAGCAAGUAUUUUGCUCACUCGGGUCGGGUCUUUCUUCCGGUUUAUAGCUUUUGGAUGUCUUGUGUCAUCUCUAUGUAUCUUCUUUUCCAAGGAAAAGGAGAAUUACAAGAGAUUUGAUGUUAAGCUUACGUAUGCACUGCUAAUAGGUGGAAUAGUUCUUGAGUUAGUUGUUGCUUUAAUGAUCUGUGUAUCCGAUAGGACAAUAGCUAUAACCAGGAAGCUAAAGGAGAAUCCUGACCAAACCUGGUCUUGGUCUGAUAAAUUCUUGAACUGGAUUCUUGGCUUCAGGAGACUGAAGUGGAAGAGAUGUAGAUGUCCCAUGAGUGAAGACCUCUCCGAGUCACAUGAAGUACUAAACAGGACAUUCAUGUUCCGGAGAUGGUCUGAAUACAUACAUGGCUACAACAUGAUUGAGUUCUGCUUAAGGAUAAGUCCGAAGAAAGUUCACCGUCCAAAGGGUUACAUACGAAGCUUCUUUGACCUUAGGGUUUCUCGUGGACUCGCUUUGGUUGCGCAAGAAAUGUACUCAUGUUUCGCAUCUAUGGAAGGUGGAGCAGCGACUACAGCAACCACAUGCUGUAUUUUAAGAAAUGGCUGGGUUCUUUUGUUCUUCCCACUUCUUUUGUUAUUGGCUCCUUUAGUUUUACUUGUGGACCUUCUCUUGUUAGGUAUUGGUCAGUUCUUGGAGUUCUUUGGUGUUCAAGAUGAGAUAACAGAGAUUAUCUUCAAAUCUAGUGACCGUCUUCCUAAAGAUCUUUGGGAGUUCAUACACAAUGAGGUGAGGUAUAAGUCUCGUCUCGCUGUGGAUAGAGAACGUGCCAAGAGAAUAUCUUCUGCAAGAGGUGAGUGGACGCUAAGCCAACCUGGUGAGAGCUUAGUUGGGAGGACGCUGCUUCAGUAUGUGAGUUUAGUUGAUUAUGGUCAGAGCAUACUGUUGUGGCACAUUGCCACGGAUCUAAUCUACCGCAGGGAGAUAAGGAUCCUCACAGAAGAACAAUACAAAAGCAAAGAAGUGAGCAAGAUGCUGUCGGACUACAUGAUGUAUUUGAUGAUGAUGAAACCUGCCUUGAUGUCAGCUGUUGCCGGAACUGCGAAAAUGAAGUUCACGGAGACUUGUUCUGUAGCUAGAACGUUUUUGGGGGAUGGUUUUAGGGAUGUGAGGGAAGCUUGUAGUGAGCUUUUGUCAAACAAAAGGAACAUGAUGGUGUUCUAUAUGGGAGAUGAAAGUACACUUGAAGAUGCGUGUAAGCUUGCUGAAGAACUUUUAAGGAUAGAAAGGAGAUCAGGAGAUGGAAGUGUUUGGGGAUUAGUGAGUAGAGUUUGGGUUGAGUUGCUUUGUUAUGCAGCUAACCAUUGUGACUCUAAGCAGCAUGUUGCUCAGCUUAGCCAAGGUGGUGAACUUGUGAGCUUUGUUUGGCUCUUUAUGGCUCAUUUGGGAAUUGGUAAGCAUGCAACUAUGCACCACCCAGCUUGA